CUGAAGUGUUUCCAGAAAAGUGAACCUUAUGGAUCAGACGUCUGAGGCAAAACUAUCUGAGCGCCAGGGGUUUGGUUAGUGCCGAAAUAUGACCUAAAUGGCUUUCCACAUUGAACGGCUUUCCAUACACCGGAUGUGCGACCCGUCGCGACCGCAUCGCUCCCUAUUUGCGCGCGCCGGCCGCGUACUCACACAUUUUAAUAACGAACUUGCGUGCGCAAAAGGCGAAAAGGCAAUCGCCCCAGACUGACAGGCGGAACCGAUGGUCAAGUGCUAUUUGCAAGGGGAGUGUUUUGAAUGUAACGUAAGCAGCAAAGUGCGGCGGUCUAAGGAGAGUUUCGAGGACAUCGUUCUCUAAAGUGACAAAUAAACUCUGUAUAUUGGAAUAAAUAAUGAAAACGGAUCUGUUAGCGUGAACGACUAGCCACACGGAUAGUUCUGACGAUCUCGCUAAUUUGUUUAUUACCACUCAGUCAUUACAGUUGCUGUAUGUCAAAGGGAAACAAGGACUUCCUACGUCUGUAAAACUAUUGAAUUCACAAUGAACAACAUUGAAAAACAUUAGCGAGAUGAUUUAGGACUAUACAGAGAGUUCAGUAAAGUUAGGUGUUAUGUAAAUUGGUUAUUAAAUUAGUUAUGGAUCUUGUGCUUCGUCUGACCAAACUGAACGUGUCCACUUUAACAACUUUAAAUCGAUUCCGAUUAUUUACUUCAGGGAUUAGAUGGAGGAACCAGAGAAAUGUUCACUCGUAUACAUAUAAUCCCACAAGGACACACUUCUUUUCCUCUGUAAAGGGGUCUUUUUCUCCUACAUCCCUGUGUCUGACAUCAACAUCACGAAGACUCAACAUCUGUGUGACUGCAUUCAAACCUCCAGCUCAACGAUUUACGGUGAUAAUUCAACCCAGACAUCAGAUUCAUACCUCCGGGAGUCUCAGAGCCAUACCUGCUCCCUUCAUAUGGCUGGUGCUGAAACCCAUACAGAAGGUCUUGGCUAUCAUACUGGGGAGGAGCAUCAGAAAAUGGUGGCGGGCUUUGCCACCCAAUAAAAAGCAAUUGUUUCGUGAAUGGACUUGGCGUCGACGCUGGCAUUUGGCAGGAGCUGGGGCAGGAUUUAUGUUCCUCGUAUCACUCUUCUUUCUCACACACCUGGAUGAAUCUCCAGUUACAGGCAGGACCAGAAUGCUGGUGUUCAGCAGGGAGAACUUCAUCGAACUAGGAAAAUACACUGCCGAUGCGUAUAUGGAGGAGUUUAAGGAGUCUCUGGUUCCUACCUCAGACCCUAGGCAUCAGGCGGUGGAGCUGUUAGUUCAGCAUCUGACCCAGAGAAACCAGGACAUUGCUGAGAUUUCCUCUGUUUCCUGGAAUGUCCAUCUGGUGGAAGGACCAACUGUCAACGCAUUUGUUUUACCUAAUGGAGAUGUGUUUAUCUUUACAGGAAUGUUGGAAGCUGUUGCAGACAUACAUCAGCUAUCCUUCAUACUGGGGCAUGAGAUGUCUCACGCUUUAAUUGGUCAUGCAGCAGAGCAGGCCAGUUUGUCUCACGUGGUGGAGUUGUUGUCUCUCAUCUUGUUAACUGCGAUCUGGGCGAUCUGUCCUCGUGACAGUUUGGCUGUGCUUGGCCAUUGGAUUCAAAGUAAACUAGUCCAGUUCACAUUUGAUCGGCCGUUCAGUCGAAAGCUGGAGGCAGAGGCAGAUCAGGUUGGCCUGCAGCUGGCUGCCAAGGCGUGUGCUGACGUGAGGGCAGGCCCAGUGUUCUGGCAGCAGAUGGAGAUCGCUGAACAGUUGAAAGGAGAGCCCAACAUCCCAGAAUGGCUGUCCACACACCCUUCCCACCUAAACCGUGUCAGGGAGCUGAACCGCCUCAUCCCUGAGGCUCUGGAACUCCGUGCACGCUGUGACUGUCCUGCCCUACCAUCAACGGACCCCCGUGUCACUUUCUCCCAGAACGUUCAACUGAUUUUGGAAGACGCUAAGAAACAAGAAUUAAUGGAAAAAGAAGAAAAGAUUGGGAAAGAGAAAGCUGGAGUGGUGUUUCCCCUCCCUCAAACAGCUCCUGUCCCAGCACAGGGAGCUUAAGUGGGGGGGCUGCUGUCUACAUCCGCUCUGCCACAGAACUCUGCUUAGUAAAUGAGACUUGAUAAAAUAUGACCGACAUGCACAAAUUCAAGCUAUCCUUUUUAGCGCCUUCUCUUUCUAGUCCAGUAGCUUUGAACAAGGCCUGAGCGUGUCGUCAGAUGGGUUUUUUGAUCCGUUACAUUUGUUGUCACUUGGAUACCCAUGAGUUUGCUGCCGUGAUGUAAGUCAACGAGAUGAAACGAGUGGGCGAACGUAUGUCAGUUGCGUGAGAAGUUUGAGUUCAUGCCCCUGUUUUAAACAUCCACAGUGUUAAUAAUGGAACUGUUCCAAAUGGGCUUUUGAUUAGUUUUAAUUGUGUUAUUAGCAUAAGACCCCUGUGAAGUUGUGUGCAUUGCGGUGUACAUUAUUCAUCAAAGAUCCGCCUCUACUUUAAUAUCCUCUAUAGGCUCUGGAACGUGAUGUAACUGCUGCAUACAGUAGCUGUGCCGUUGUGUUUGGAACUGCUUUGAGCUCUCUACAUUAUUUAAAGGAUAUAUUAAAAAAGACAGCAGGACCCAAAUGAGCCUGCAUUACAGUUCUUGAAAAGGGUUGAGAUCAUUUUUUAUUUUUUAUUUCUAUGCAAGUAUGUGAAUAUAAAUCAAAUGUGACAGAAAUUACACACUGAAUAAACAACCAUUUCUAUA